GAUGGCGGCGGGAGAUUGAGAGGCCGUUGGGCCCCGGCGCUGGGCUCUUGCUGAGUCCGUUCCCUGAUGGCUCAGGAGGCGAUGGACGUGGAUCUGCAGCCGGGGCCCGCGCAGGAGGCGGCGGCGGCGGCUACUGCCGAGGCGAGCCGCUCGCCGUCGGCUCCUCGCCUUCCUUGGCAUGCUUACUUCGGCGAGCGGGAGCCAAGGAGGCCGCCGCUUCCUUCCCAGCCCCAGUCGCAGCCUUUGCCUCGAACCAGGACGCGGCAGCCGACAGCGCGCGGGACCCAACGGGCAUCCCGAGUCAGGGCAAUGGCAGUACUGGAUGCUUACUUCCUUACCAGGCGGAUUGAAGCAGCAGCAGCCAGAUCAAAUCUCUCAGCAGGCCACGGUGGGCAUACCACAGAUGAGAUUGUGACUCUUAGUGAUUCUGACAGUGACAGCAGCAGUUUGACUGAAGUUGAAGAAGAGGAGGAGGGGGAAGAACCUGCAGGAUCGCUUGAAGAGGCACCUGGGCCAUCCAACGUGGGAGCCUCUGAUGCAACACAAAUGGAUCCUCCCGCAGACAGUUCUAAUGAGCCAGUGCAUCCAGGACCUAGAGAAGCUAGUACCCAGCAAAAGAAGAAAAGUCCUUUAAAGGAAGCUGAACCUGCAGCAGCUUCAACCGCCUCACUGGAAGAGGAGAGCGGUGAUACCUGCGCAAUCUGCUUUGAAGAGUGGACCAAUGCUGGGGGACACCGUCUCUCUGCCCUGCGGUGUGGGCAUCUCUUUGGCUACAGCUGCAUUGAGAGGUGGCUGAAGGGGCAGGCGGGCAAGUGCCCCCAGUGCAAUAAGAAAGCCAAACGGACAGACAUUGUGGUCCUUUAUGCUCGCACUCUGAAAGCAUUGGACACUAGUGAACAGGAGCAGAUGAAAAGCUCUCUAGAGAAGGAGCAAAUGCUACGAAGAAAAGCAGAGCUAGAAUCUGCUCAGAGCCGGCUCCAGCUGCAGGUCUUGACGGAAGAGUGUAGCAAACUUCGGCAGCAAGUCCAGGAAUUGAAAACCCUGAUGGCUCAACACAACACCAGUUCCUCUCAGCAGCCCACCAACUCCCGCCUCUCAGGGCGCCCUUCCUCCAGCCAAGGCCAGCACAAGUAUCAUUUUGAGAGAUCCUUCGUGGUGUCCCAAACGGGCAGCUGCCGGGUCAUGGCGUACUGUGACCUGCUGAGCUGCCUGGUGAUGUCACAGCCCUCUCCUCAGAGCACCCUCAUUCCUGGCUAUGGGAUUAAGAUGAUGAGUGCCGUCAACUUGAACAGUAGCCAGUAUGUCCCUAUCCACAGCAAGCAGAUCCGAGGGCUGGCCUUUAACAACCGUGCAGAUGGCUUGCUGUUAUCUGCUGCCGUGGACCAAACUCUGAAGCUUACAAGCUUGACAACAAACACUGUUGUGCAGACUUACAAUGCGGGUCGGCCUGUCUGGAGCUGUUGCUGGUCCCUGGACAAUGCCAACUACAUCUACGCCGGACUUGUCAAUGGCUCGGUCUUGGUGUAUGACCUGCGAGAUACAACCUGUCAUGUCCAGGAGCUAACUACGGAGAAAUCCAGGUGCCCAGUGGUGUCCUUGUCCUAUCUACCUCGAAUGGCUUCUGCGGCACUACCCCAUGGUGGACUGGUGUCUGGGACACUGGAAGGAGCCUGUUUCUGGGAGCAGAAGGCCAGCGACUCCUACCGGCCUCAUCACCUCCCCCUGGAGUCUGGAGGCUGUACUGACCUUCAGACGGAGGCCAGUACACGGCACUGCCUUGCAACGUUCAGGCCCAAUAAAAGCCGCAACUGUUUGCAGUGUGUGGUGAUGGAGCUGACCUGUACUCAGCUCACUGAAGGAGCCGAUGAGGUUGUCUGUUCCUGUCGUCCCGUUCAGACUCUUACUGCAGGCCCAACAUGCAAACUCUUGACCAAAAAUGCCAUCUUUCAGAGUCCAGAAGACAAUGGCAGCAUCCUUGUGUGUGCUGGGGAUGAAGCAUCAAACUCUGCCAUGCUCUGGGAUGCUGGGACAGGCUCUCUGCUGCAGAAGCUCACAGACGACUCACCUGUGUUAGAUGUCUGUCCUUACACAGUGAACCACAGCAGCUUUCUGGCCACGUUAACGGAGAGAGUGGUGAAGAUCUACAGAUGGCAAUGACAACCUGCUACAGUCUUUCUCUUAAAGAUGUCCGUUUGCCCCAAGCCAGCUUCAUUGCUUACUGGAGAUGCUCCAUCUUCAAGAUGGGAAUUGACCUGCCUGCACUGCUGUAGAAGCAAAAUCUUUCGCUUCAGGGUAAUUUUGUUUGUACUCUUCCCCCCCCCCCCACCUUUUGGGGGUGGCUCAGUGACUGUUUUGACCCCAAUUUUGCAGCAAAGCGAAUUCCUUGGGUUUUAUUACAGAUCUUGGCAAUAUCUUCCUUUCAGGUAGCAGUGCCAGAUGUCUGGUACAAGGUUUUACUUAUAGGAAUUCACUACUGGCAGUUGCUGUAUGUUUCUAUCCAGAUGUAAUAGGUUCCAUUCCUCAUGUGACCGGAAAACUAAAAGCAGCUUAGAUGGCAUUCCUAAAUCCACUGUUUUAAAAAUUUCUCCACUGCAUUAUAACUGAAGCAAAAGACAGCUCUCAUCCUUUUGCUCCUUUCAACAGAAGAAGAUGGAAACUUGGUUUUAAUAGAUUAUUCCAGUCAUGUCUCUCUCCUUUUAUCAUGAUAGGCUUUGGAAAAGGUACCAAUUAAAUCUUCUGGAGACUGGCUGCUAAGUUAUACCUUGAAUGGAAAAAAACCCCAUCACUGUGUCUUAGUGAAGAAUUUAGUAAGAAGACUCAGGGACUUGAUACAUGAUUCUUUCCUAAUUCCAAAUUAUUUCCUGUGAGAUUUGUGGAAAGCUUCCAGUAAAUACUGGUCAGGAGUGCCCUUCAGAUCUCGCAAUACUAAAUCCAUUUUGGGACUAAACCGAAGUGUGGAGGUUAAUACAGAGACAGCGGAAAAUCACAUUAAUGACAGAAGAAACAAAAAGGAGUCCUGUGCCUUUUGGUUUUCUGCUGUGGAUUGAAAUAGGGCUAUAUUUUUGUUUUAAAGUGCUGUGUUUUGCCAAAGGCUAUCACGAAUACGACACAAACUGCAAGACUGAUCCACUCUGAGACCUUUUCUUGGCUUUGUAUGAUGCCAGCAGAAGCCGCACCUGUUUUUGCUGCCUGAACUUGAUGAGUCACUGAUUAAAACCACACAAUUUUUCCUGGAGUUUGAACUCUUGUAAAAAUGGAUGUCUCCUUUGAUUCUGUUCUGAUUCUUGUGUACUAUUUUGUUUCUCUAUAUUUUUUUACACCAUAGGAAGAAUAAAUAAUGUUAUAAAUA